CUCCCGUUAUGGCUCGUACGAAGCAGACAGCGCGGAAAUCCACCGGUGGCAAGGCGCCGAGGAAGCAGUUGGCCACCAAAGCGGCCCGGAAGAGCGCUCCGUCCACGGGAGGGGUGAAGAAGCCGCAUCGUUACCGCCCCGGCACGGUGGCGCUGAGGGAGAUCCGGCGGUACCAGAAGUCCACGGAGCUGCUCAUCCGGAAGCUGCCGUUCCAGCGCCUCGUGCGGGAGAUCGCGCAGGACUUCAAGACCGACCUGCGCUUCCAGAGCGCCGCCAUCGGAGCGCUGCAGGAAGCCAGUGAAGCCUACCUGGUGGGGCUCUUUGAGGACACCAACCUCUGCGCCAUCCAUGCCAAGAGGGUCACCAUCAUGCCCAAGGACAUCCAGCUGGCCCGGCGCAUCCGUGGCGAGCGCGCUUAAGGCAGGAGAGAUUCCAGUUGGGAUUUGGGAUACACCGG